AAAAAGUGAAUAAAAUAAAUAAUUUAAGUCUUGUUUCCGUCUGAUAAUCAACAUGGACAAGAGCGAAUGUGCGCUGUGCCACAGGAGGCGCGACGUCUUCUCCUGCGCGAGUUGCACGUCUGCUAUGCUGCAGCAGCGUCGCACAAUGCUAGCCGCGCUGCAGGCGGACGUGGCGGUGUUACGUAAAAAGACCGAGUUCGCACUGAGGGUGCGUCACGAGACAAUUCCGCAUUUGAGAAAUUAUUCUUCUUAUGUUUUACCACUUUUGCUGCAGACGAAGAGUGCGUUGGUGGAAGCUGAGCUGCGUCUAGAUAGAUGCAUGAAACAGGUGGAGCAGCUGGCUGAGAAGGUCAUGAAGACGCGCGAACAGCUCUGCUCCGAGCGGAUCGCGGUCGUGGAACGAACCUCCCGGCUAGAGGAACGCACUGUGCACAUGGCGGAGGCGCAGCUAAAGUUGCAGCAGGAGAAUCAACGGGCUGAGAGCUUCCAUGCCCCCAUACUCGAAUGUCUCGACUACCAAGUUCAAUGGGCCGACGAGAAUGCUGCAAAAGUUCGGGGUGAUAGACUUCUUGAGCUGUUUGCAUUAUUUGCCUUGACUCCGGAGGACGAGAGAAACGUGGACGAAGAUGAGGACGAUCCGUUAAGUGGACUGCCUGAUGAGCGAGAGGGUGUUUCGGAGGAGCAGAGGCAACGGAAAGCACGGAUGAAUGUCCCGAUCUUUUUCAGAACGAUCGUGGGACUGCCACUACCGAAGUCUGGCAAAUAUGAGAAUGUUCCACCAGAAGUGGUUGCUGCAGCGCUCGGCAAAGUGAUUCAUCUGCUGCACUGCCUCGUGAAGUAUCUGAAGAUCACAUACCCACAUCCGAUGGAGUUCAACGGAUCGUUUUCGACCAUUGGAAACACACGUGAGGGAGCUGGGUGCCACACGCUCUACCCGGACGGCAGUGUUGGGUUUGAGCGUGGUGUGAGUAUGCUUCACGAGAACAUAGCGUUCUUGUGUGCCUGCCAAGGUGUGUCGAAAGGUGAUGUCCACCCUACAGAUUUGCUUGGGAACUUGCUGCAAGUGUACAAGUCUUCACGUCUCGGAACGCUAUGUGAUAACCAAGACGCGAAGGAACUCGACGUAGACCAAAGGUACAAAAUGAUCUUGAUUCGAUGAAUGUAGUGGGUCUAACUCUGCACUGAUGCUUUCGCACCAGCGCAAACCCAGACGGAGACGCCACGUCGGCGUUGGUGGAAAGCUCGCAGACACUAGGCGGAAGCGUUGAGAUCUUGCCACACUACUCGUGAGGAUGUAGAAGUACACAAGUGCAUUGGAAUAUCAGUUGUAUGAAUAAAAAAAAGGUAAAAACGCAAUCAGCAGCUUAAAUCUAUCGGCGGAAGCUGCACUAGCUGGGCGUGACCAAACCUGGAAUCUCGUGCUGUCUGUGCUGGAUAGCUGGCAACGUGUAGC